GGUACCGCGUUCACGUUGUUCCCUCGCUCAGUUUCAGCAUGGCAGCGGACAGCACAAUGUCUAAUGGUCAGGAAACGGCGUGUCUGAACGGUGAACCGGCGCUCAAACGCUCCAGAGACAGCCUGGAUUCACUGCGGGUCCCGCGGGAGCCCCAGAAUAAAGUGACCGUGGUGCUGGGCGCGCAGUGGGGCGAUGAGGGGAAGGGGAAAGUGGUCGACCUCUUGGCAAUGGACGCCGACAUUGUAUGCAGAUGCCAGGGAGGAAAUAACGCGGGACACACAGUGGUCGUGGACUCGGUCGAGUAUGACUUCCACCUGCUGCCCAGCGGAGUUCUCAACAAAAAGGCCACUUCGUUUAUUGGAAAUGGUGUUGUGAUACACCUGCCAGGACUCUUUGACGAGGCUGAGAAGAACUUGCAGAAAGGCAAUGGACUUCAAGGAUGGGAGGAACGACUGAAGAUAUCUGACCGGGCACACAUUGUGUUCAACUUCCACCAGGCUGUUGAUGGCAUACAAGAGCAGCUCAGACAGCAACAGGCAGGGAAAAAUUUGGGCACCACUAAGAAGGGUAUUGGACCUGCAUACUCCUCUAAAGCAGCACGUAAUGGACUAAGAGUGUGUGAUCUGGUCUCUGACUUUUCUGUCUUUGAGGAAAAGUUUCGGGUGCUGGCUGGACAUUUUCAGACCACUUAUCCUAACCUUAACAUCGACAUUGAUGCUGAGCUUGAGCAACUCAAGAAUUUUGCUGAAAGAUUACGGCCACUAGUGACUGAUGGGGUUUAUUUCAUGCACAAAGCCCUCACUGGACCAAGCAAGAAGAUUCUGGUGGAAGGAGCCAAUGCUGCCUUACUGGAUAUUGAUUUUGGGACCUACCCCUUUGUGACCUCAUCAAACUGCACUGUCGGAGGCGUCUGCACAGGUCUUGGCGUCCCCCCAUCUCAUGUUGGCCGUGUGUAUGGAGUGGUGAAGGCCUACACCACCAGGGUUGGAGUCGGGGCUUUUCCCACUGAGCAGGACAAUGAAAUUGGAGAUCUGCUGCAGAGCAGAGGGAGGGAAUUUGGAGUUACUACAGGCAGGCGGCGGCGCUGUGGGUGGCUGGAUCUGGUUUUGGUUCGCUAUGCCCACAUGGUUAACGGGUUUUCAGCCAUUGCUCUGACUAAGUUGGACAUUCUUGACACAUUGGCUGAAAUAAAGAUUGGGACAACCUACACAGUUGAUGGAAAGCCUCUUCCCAGUUUUCCUGCAAACAUGGACGUGCUCACAAAGGUUCAGGUGACUUAUGAGACGUUCCCUGGCUGGAGUUGUAGCACUGAGGGAGUGCGCAGCUUCGAUGAGCUGCCUACACAGGCACAAGCCUACAUUCGAUUUAUUGAGGAUUUCCUGCAAGUGCCAGUGAAGUGGGUUGGAGUUGGCAAGUCAAGAGAAAGCAUGAUCAAGCUGUUUUGACGAGGGCGACCGGACAGGCUGAGCUGAUGGUCAUCCAAUGGUCUGGCAGGACAUUCAUCAUCAUGACCGCUGGAGCACCUGAACUGGCUUUUUAUGCAUCAGCGCUGAGAUUAAGACUAACCGUGGGUUUAGAAUCCACCGAAUGUCCCACUCAAAGUGAACCACCAGCAUUGUGUAUAGGGGUCAGAUUGGAGCACCAGACCUGCUUCAGUGCAUUUGUAAUUGCUUGAUUCGUUCCUGUUUGUUUCCAAAGCGCAUCCCAGACCUGCUCAGAAUAUACCUCUGCUAAUCAGUAGUAGUCUGCCGGUAAUGUGAUGAGCUUCAAACUGAAAGGCUUCAUCAUUUUUACCAUAUUUCUUAAAGUCAGACUUGCACUCUGAGCAUUUAAAUUACCACAUUCAUGGCUAUUAGGUGGAUAAAACCAAACUUUUAAGAUUGUAAUGUACUGUUUAUUUUUUUAUGUGAUCAAGUAUGAGGGGUGAGCGCUAUAUCUUUUGUCUUUUAAUUGUUUGUGUAUACUUUAAGAUUGGUUUGAUACCAAAAGGGACCUUCUCGCGAGGCUUUAUGAUAUUGAAAGUAGAAAAAAAGAAAAUAUUUACAGCCUUCUGUCAGUGAUUAGUGCACUCAGACACAGCUCUUGAAUCUAUAAUACCUGAUAGAUAUGCACAGACGUGCAUUGCAUUCCACCUAGUGCACAAACUCAUUUGCUGCUGUUUUUUGACAAAUAAAGUGCAAAACUAA